AUGGACAUAAAUCUCUUUCCUUCUUCUCCCUACAUUGUUUCUUCCUACAAGCAGGAAGAUGAUUCUGCUACUGUCCCGCGCCUUUCGACUGAUGAACGCGAAUGCGAAGAACAUAUCGUUCGAACACAUACUCAGGAAGAUAACGGGCGUUUUGUGGUGCGGUUACCAUUCAAAAGGUCGCCAAGAGAGUUGGGGGUUUCCUAUCCGGUUGCGAUUCAAAACUUUAAGCGGUUAGAAUUGAGAUUCGCGCGAAACGAGAAAUUUAAAAUCGAAUAUGAACGAUUCAUAAAUGAAUACAUCGAGCUAGGACAUAUGCGCUCCGUGCCAUUAAAUUUAAACAUUCGUAAUUUUUAUUUACCGCAUCACGGUGUCAUCCGCGAAUCUAGUUCGACGACACGGCUACGAGUAGUAUUCAACGGUUCUCAGUUAACUUCCUCCGGGCUUUCGCUUAACGAUUGUUUAUACACCGGACCUAAGCUUCAAACCGAACUCGUUGAUGUACUUUUGCGGUGGAGGCGCCAUCCAAUUGCUAUCGCAUGCGACCUCGAGAAAAUGUAUAGACAAAUUCGACUUCAUGAAAUGGAUCAACCAUUCCAGCGUAUUGUCUGGAGAAAUAAUUGUUCACAAGAACUUCAAAAUUUUGAAUUGACCACUGUCACAUAUGGUCUUUCAUGUGCUCCGUACUUAGCAAUCCGUUGUUUACGCCAGCUAGCCUCCGAGCAUACUGAAGCGCAACCGUUCGGUGCCGUAAUUCUUCAACCCGACAAGUAUGUAGACGAUAUUCUUUCCGGCGCGGAUACCGUCGACGAGGUACAGGAAGUAAUUUUCCAAUUGACUCAAGUAUUAAAGGCGGGCGGAUUCACUGUACUUUCGUUCAUCGCGCAAUUGUUCGAUCCCCUCGGCUGGCUUUCGCCUCUGAUUAUUACCGCGAAAAUAUUCAUGCAAAAUCUUUGGACUCGUAAUCUUGAGUGGGAUCAACCACUCCCGGAGGAUCUCGAACGGCAAUGGAAAACGGUUGUUGAUGAUUUUCGCGGUGUUCCGAUGAUAAGGGUACCGCGAUGGUUGGUGCUUAUGGAGGUAGUUUAUUUGCGUGUCUUUAAUAACGAAGAAGUUCGCGUAUCCGUCGUGUUUUCUAAAAGUAAAGUGGCGCCGCUUAAAGUUGUCACUAUCCCGCGUCUCGAAUUAUGCGCGUGUGUAUUGCUGGUUCGGUUGGCAAAGCGUGUAAGAUCAGCUCUUGACAUUUCCGACAUCCCCAUUCAUCUCUGGACUGACUCUACUGUGGCUCUGGCGUGGAUCUGCAGUCAACCAUCGAAAUGGAAGGACUUCGUCCGCAACAGGGUCACCGAGAUCCACGAUCUACCGGAGGCGCAAUGGCGUUAUGUUCCCAGCGGAGAAAAUCCCGCCGACUUCGUAUCGCGAGGAGUUCCCGUUCGACAGCUUCAGGAGGCGACGCUGUGGUGGUCUGGACCUGCAUGGUUGUCUUCAUCUUCCGGUGACUGGCCAUCUCUCCAUCCGGACUUUUCUUCUGAAUCAGAACGAGAAAAACGUUCAACUCCUGCAUCACAUACUGCGACUCCGUCUGAUGAAGGGUGGAAUCUCAAACACCGAUAUUCCUCACUCAAUAAACUAUUACGCGUCACCGCAUGGUGUUCGCGAAUAUUUUCAAAAUCUAGUUAUGUUUCAGACGUUUUAACACCCGAUGAAGUGGAUAGGGCUCUAAUGUUUUUGGUUCAAGAGUGCCAACAACUUUCUUUUCGUGAGGAAAUUCGAGAGUUGCUGGGCGGUCGAGUAAUUUCAAAGUCGAGUCCAUUAUUCCGUUUAUCUCCAUUCGUCGACGGGAAUGGCUUUCUCCGUAUUGCCGGGAGACUUAGAUUCGCAAAUCUAGACUGGGAUGAGAAACACCCUCUUAUUCUACCAAAGAGUUCCCGCGUCACCGAGUUGUUGAUUGACAGCCACCACAGAAGAACGUUACAUGGGGGAACGCAACUCACCUUAUCAUCAAUUCGACGACGCUUCUGGAUUGUCGGGGGUCGUGUUCCAGUGAGAACAUUUAUUCAGAGGUGUAUGGUUUGUGCAAAACAACGGGUCGUAACCAGUCAACAAUUGAUGGGACAACUGCCUGCACCUCGUGUUACUCCAUCUAGACCUUUUCUACACACCGGAGUGGAUUACGCCGGACCAUUUCUGCUCCGUACAUUCCGAGGACAUGGUGGUAAAACGUAUAAGGCUUACUUAAUUCUUUUUGUGUGUUUAGCCACGUCAGCUGUGCAUCUUGAGCUUGCAACCGAUUACACGACUUCGGGCUUUAUGGUGGCAUACAGGCGAUUUUCUGGCCGUAGAGGUAUAAGUCGAUGUCUAUAUAGUAAUUGCGGAACCAACCUAGUGGGCGCCGAUCGUGAACUUUGUUCAUUAUUCACAGCAGCUUCGAAAAACUGGAAAGAAAUAGCCAACAUGUUAGUCGAUGACGGUACGAAGUGGAAGUUUAACCCUCCUGCGGCUCCACACUUCGGUGGUAAAUGGGAGGCUGGCGUCAAGUCCGUUAAGACACAUUUGAGGAGGGUGGUUGUUUCUACGUUGCUCACUUAUGAGGAGUUCACUAUGAUCCUUAUACAAAUCGAAGCCGUAUCCCGGUAG